CCCACCCUGCCAACGCCAACAUGGACUCGUUGCCAGCGCAUCAGCCUCUCUUCGACGACGACGACACCGAUGAGGAGCUCUCGGAUGUCCAGGUUCGGGAGCUGCUCAAGGAAGCCGCCCAGCGCAUGCGGGCAAAGGCAGCUUCCCAGCCCGUGACUACGGCAGAUGCGCCCUUCAAGCUUCCCAAGCUGAAGCCUGGCCAUAUUGCCCACACGCACGAGAAGAUGGACGGCAACAUUACCCGCUUGGAUCAUUCACAGCUCGUCGACAAGAAGCAGCAAGCGCUUGCCGACGGCAUCAAAAAGAUCGAGGACCCGCUUCAAGUGAGGAAGUUGAGGAAGCUCGAGGAGAAGAAGGCUACCGCUGGCGCUCAAUGGUUCAACAUGCCCAAGACUGAGCUCACGCCAGAGUUGCGCCGAGACCUGCAGCUCCUAAAAAUGAGGAGUGUUCUCGAUCCAAAGCGCCACUACAAGAAAGACAACUCCAAGAACGACGUUCCAGCAUUCUCGCAGGUUGGGACCGUCAUCGAGGGCGCCACCGAAUUCUACAGCAGCCGUUUGAACAAGAAAGAUCGCAAGCAGACCAUCUUGGAAGAGGUUAUUUCUCAAGAACAGGGCAGUGGCCGUUUCAAGAGGAAGUACGCCGACAUCGCCAAGACCAAGGCCAGUGGAAAGAAGGCCUUUUACAACGCACUCCAGGCGAAGCGUAGCAAGAACAAGGUCAUCAAGCCAUGA